GUCCCUUGUGCACCUUGCGCAACUGUUCCCUCCCUCCCCUAUGCUGCGGAUUGGUUGAGUCCUUGCUGUCAAUGCUUAAACAACUAACGAUAACACACCGCACCGGGCAGCUUGGGCGCCCGACAUGGACAUAAGUUUUGAUCCCUGUUACUUCUCUUCAGCUCCUGGAUGUGCCAUCUGCAAACAGCCUUGACAGUGAUGUGAGCAGCUUGUUGAGAUGGCCUCAAUGGAUUACCCCGACACCAGUCACCAGGCAAACCUGUCCUUUGGGGGGGGGGCGAGCCCCCCAUCUCCAACACCUCCAACUUCGAUGUCGAUCGACAAACUUUUCCCAGCCCUCCUGGAGUGUUUUGGGAUUAUAUUGUGUGGAUACAUUGCUGGAAGAACAAACAUCAUCACCUCCACACAAGCCAAGGGAUUAGGGAACUUUGUGUCCAAGUUUGCCUUACCAGCAUUGCUGUUCAAGAACAUGGUCCUGUUGGACUUUGGUAAUGUGAUCUGGCCCUUUCUCUGGAGCAUCCUCAUCGCCAAAGUGUCUGUGUUCUUCAUUGUGUGUUUGCUCACCUUGCUUGUUGCCAGUCCUGACAGUCGUUUUAGCAAAGCGGGUCUCUUCUCCAUAUUUGCUACCCAAAGCAAUGACUUUGCUUUGGGAUACCCUAUCGUGGAGGCGUUGUACGGGAAUACCUACCCAGAGUACCUCCAGUACAUCUACCUGGUGGCCCCCGUGUCCCUCGUGCUUCUGAACCCCGUCGGCUUUGCCUUUUGUGAGGUCCAGAAGUGGCGCGAGCAGAGAGCCCAGCAGCAGACCAAGCUCCGGGUCGUGGGGGUGGUCCUCCUACAGGUUCUGAAGAACCCCAUCGUGUUCAUGGUGGCCGUCGGCCUCGUGGCCCACUUCGCCCUGUGCCAAAGGAUUCCUGCCUUCAUGGAGGAGUUUGUGGACGGCCUGGCCAACUCUUUCGGGGGCGCUGCCCUCUUCUACCUGGGCCUCUCCAUGGUGGGCCAGCUAGGGAAGAUGACCCGGUCCACAGUUGUGGCUCUGAUUCUGCUCAUCACUGCAAAGCUGUUGCUGAUGCCGUUGAUCUGCAGGGAGCUGGUGGAGCUGUUGGACACAGGCCCCACCAGCUCCCUCAACCGCUCCAGCCUGUCCAACUACGCCUUCCUGUACGGAGUGUUCCCCACCGCCCCCAGCGUGGCCAUCUACGCCGCUCACUACGGCAUGGAGCUGGAUGUGGUUACCUCCGGGAUGGUGCUAAGCACGUUCCUCUCGGCUCCGAUCAUGUACGUGUCGGCCUGGCUGCUGGCGAUCCCCUCCAUGGAUCCCAAGCCUCUGAUGGACUCACUGCAGAGUGUCAGCUUCAACAUCAGCAUUGUCAGCUUAGUGGCCCUGGUUUGGACCAUAGCUGUUAUGUUACUGAGUAAGAAAUUCAACAGACUACCUCACAUGUUUACAGUCAACCUUUUCCUCGCACAAUUUUUAGCUAGCAUUGGUAUGAUCCUCUGGAACUUUGUGGUGAGAAAGGACAGCUUCAUUGGGCAGGUGUUGACAUUCAUUCUUCUGUACGGGUCUCUGUACAGCACCUAUGUAUGGCCAGGGGUGAUUGCACUUUCCCUCGUGCUCACGAAGAGAGGCAGGGAUCUGAGAGUGAGACCAGGAGUCCUGCUUAUCGCAGGCUGGGGGGCUCCAGCUGUGGUGACCGCUGUGCUGCUCAUGGCCGGGGAGAGGAUGCCCGACACCAUCGACUCAGCCUUCUUCUACGGCAGAUCUCAGAUGAUCUGCUCGACGGUGGUUCUGGUGUGCAGCAUCGUGCUGGCUGGAGGCUCUCUGGUAGGUUUGAGUCGGGGGAGCUGGGAUGCAGAGUACCAGGUGCUGGAGAGGGUACCUGUGGCCAUCAACACCGAGGAUCUGAACCAAGAGGAACCCCCAGAGAUUCAGUUUGAGCCAGAAGUUUUACCGAGAUUCACCAACCCAGAUUGCCACAUGUGUGACUGUGUCUCACCCCAGCCCAUGCCAGAUAUGAUUAUCAGCGCUACCGCGAAUGACACAACCGUCGCACUGACAGGUCAGUGUGAGAAUCACUGUGAGUCUACAGAUUGCCUUCUGGCCCAGGAGGAGCAGCUUAGACAGGUGGCAGAUAAGCAGGUGGCCCGCCACGCUCUCCUGGUCCUGCUCCUCAUGGUCUUCAUGCUCGCUAACCUCUCCAGCUGCCUGUGGUGGCUCUUCAACCGCGUUCCAGGAAGGCUCUAUCUGGAGCUGCAGUUCUUCUGUGCCGUGGUCAACUACGGGCAGGGUUUUAUUUCCUUUGGGAUCUUUGGCCUCGACAAACAUUUGAUUAUACUACCGUUUAAAAAGAGGAUCUCCAGUCUGUGGCAUCGGGGAGGACAGGAAGUGGCGACGCAGCCCGAGGAUGUGUCCGAGGACAUCUCCAUGACCUGCUCUCAGUUCACCAAGUACCACCAGAAACAGUGUGUCCAGGACAUAGUCCAGAAGAAAAGGUGUGGGCAGAGGACGGUGGCAGACACUUUCCUGGGCAGUGAGCUGGUUGAGUGGCUGCUGCAGGUGGGCUUGGCGAGUGACCGCGGGGAGGCCGUGCUGUAUGGGGCCCGGCUGCAGCAGGGAGGGGUGCUCCAGCACAUCACACAGGAGCACCACUUCCAGGACGACGGCCUGUAUUACCGCUUCAUGGCCUAGGGCAGCCAAUCAGGACCAGGGUGGGCGGGGCUCUGGAUGAUGAAGGGACCAUCUGCCUACCUCGCGAUACUAACCUCCAGUAUUGUGUGUCGUUGUAAUAUCUCAAUAUGCAGUCACUGAACUAUGCACUUACAACAUGAGCGCUGGCUAGUUAUGUUGCUGUGUAAUGCUUGAAUUGUUUGUUUUUUGUCAUGAUUAAGUUGUGAAAUAUGUAUACUUUGGCCGUGGAAUGUAAUUUAGUAUUGAUACAAAAUGUAUCAAUUGAUGCUAAAGCUACUGUCAUUGAGUUAUAUCAAGUUCAGUGGAAACAGCCAGAUCUCAGGAAAUGCUUUGAGGGAUGCCGUUUUAGUGUCAUAACCAAUAUUAUUGGCAUGACUACAACAUUUGUUAUGACAUCUAGAUUAUACAUUUUAAUAUACAUUGUUAAACAAUUGUAUAAUAUAGAAUGGAGUUUAUGGUCAGAUUAUUCUCACUAAUUACAAUGGAUUUAAUACAAAGAACUGCUGAAGUGAAACUUAAUUGCAAGGAGAUUGAAAACAAAUGUGCCACUUUUUUUGCGUAACCUUAGGUUAUAGAUUAUGUAUUUGUUACAUUGUACAUGAUGGGAUGGUGACUAUGGAGACAGUGGAUCUUAGACAUGGCAUGUCAUUCUAUAGAAUAUAAUUCUAAGUCAUUCUAUUUAAUGUCCACAUCUGAUUUGGCUUCAUGGAAGCUUGCUUACUGGUUUGCCACAUUUUUCAUGUUCCAUGACUGAACCAGAAUGUAUUAACAUUUAAAAUGACAAAUAUUUCCAUAAUUCCCAACCUCUGAUAAAACAAUAAAUGGAUUGGGACGCUUUUUAA